AUGGCAGAUGAUCAAUAUGGUGUCCUGAAACAGUGGGCGAUACCAAGGAUGUUAAGAUUUACACCCGGAAAAGAUGCCGACGUCGACGAAAUCGACGCUCUGAUGACACCUCCGUUUAAGGGUGAUAACUGGUUCCCGGUAGAGACGCCGACGACGACAGGAAGUGAAGAUCAGGACAUGUCGUUCACAGAGGUUUGUCGCAAACCAUUUGGCCGUUUUCUCUCGUUCGACGUCAAGAGAAGCUUGUUUGCAGGCAAGCGUUUGGCAGAGGAAGCAGACGAUUCCCCAACCGGAAAGAGGCUGUGCGAGGCGGAAACAGGGAUUAAAAGCGUUUCAUUAGAGGCGCUUUCUCCGCGGUCAGAGAAUGUCGACGUUAAAGAUGUAGUUCACCGACUGUCUACCGACGAAGACGUAAUUGCCGACGGUUCAAGUCCCUAUAUCCUGCCGACCAUCGCCGGUAAACACAGUGGCUUGAAGUCCAUCUCCCCAGAAACGAUGAAUGACGUACUUUGUGGUUGCUAUGACGAUGAAAUAGAUCACGUGACUUUUCAUCGACUGCAGAUACCCGAUGCUAUUAACUUGUAUACACAAGCUGCCAUACAAGAGUUUCUCUUAUGUCAUAGUGACUCUUUCACUUCCUCUAAGAAGCACGUGCUCGUCUUCCAUUGUGAGUUCUCAUCGGAAAGAGGCCCAAAAAUGUACCGUCAUUUACGCAGUGAGGACCGCGCCAUGAAUAAAGACCACUACCCACGUCUCAACUUUCCGGAAGUUUACGUUCUUGAGGGAGGUUACAAGGCGUUCUUCUACAAGUUCAUUACACAGUGUUUCCCGCACACAUACAAGCCUAUGUUGCACAAGGACCAUUCUGCUGAUUUACGUCACUUCCGGGGAAAGUCGAAAUCAUGGACAGCCGGUGAGAGACCACAACUCAUGCGUACCACACUUCGCUUUUAGUGCUAUAUGACCCUACUUCCGGUGAAUAAACAAUGUUCAAGGAAAAUCUGUGAUAAAACUGUGCAAUAUUUGUGUUUUGUGUGAUUAAAGUCUGACUGAGUGUAAUAAAAACAAUGUUGAUAAACAAGA